GUCUACACACGCAAGAUGCCUCAACGAAUUGUCGGCUAGUAAUUUCGCUUUAUAGCUGCUUAACGUUGACAAUGGCGAGUUGUGUAGCGAAAGAUGUGGCAGGAAAUUACUACAGUGUCUUGGAAGACGCCUGUGAUGCUUAUCUCUGUCGUCUCUGGCCAGAAUGGAAGACAAACGAGCGAACUUACAUGUUUCCACCAGCCUUCUCGUUUCGCUAUGCAGCGCCAACAGGCGAAGCCUCUGGAGCUGUUCGUCUCAGCAAGUCUGAAGAAAUAGACUUGAAGGGAGAUGUCGCUGAACUUCAGAUAUUUCGCUCACUCGAUGAAUUUGGAAGAAAAACAAAACAACCAAUGGUUGUUAUCACGCAAUUUAAAUUCAAAGAAUUCAUCGAGGAAGUUCUCCUUCAAUAUUUUCCUAAAGAGGAAGUGGACGCUUUGUUUGCUAACCUGAGCGAGACUGAUCUCUCCCGAGAAAUUGAUUUCCUAGUAAUGCACCGCCGUGUCGGCUUCAUUCUCAUAGAAGUUAAGGCAACCGAGAAGUUUAAGUCCAACCGGUACCUCGAUGCCAAAAAACAACUUGAGGUUGGAGAAAGAUUCAUAAACGCACUGUUGUCAGCCAAAGGUUUAGACAUUCCUAUUUACAAGGUGAUUGCAAUGCCCCACGUUGUCGACGAGGGUCGUGACGGAUCGGGACUAAUCGAUUUGCGAAAGAUUCAUUUGAAUGGAAUGGAAGGUGAAGAAGACGGUGUUGGACAUUUUGAGAUGUGGUGGGCGAACCAUUUCAUCGAGAAAUCCUUUGAAGACGACGAGGCAGAGUUUGUGAAGAUGAUUUCAAUAUUUGUUGGCGAGCGAGCGGCGAUUUGCGCAACAGCGAAGAUUCUUAGCGGAGUGUUUAAAAGCAUUGAUGAGCAACGAUUUCUGGAACGAAGCUACGAUAAGAUGAUGAAGAGAAAGGGUUCGAGGAGUUCAGAUGCUGUUGUGAAGACCACGGAUGUGCAAGGUCUGAGUAUUCUUACAAAACAGUUUCUGUUUUUGAACGUGGAGCAGCUGGCUUUAUGGAACGGCGCGAAGAAGCAGCUGUUUUGUGGCGCGCCUGGAAGUGGUAAAACAAUCCUACUUCAACACAAAGCUUUAGAGUGUGCCAAGAAAGGAGAGAAGGUUGUCAUUCUUGUUCCACCACCGCUUGACAAACUCUACAAAGAAUUCUUUUCAAGAAAUCAGAUAGACAAUAACAUCUUUCUCAUAAUCACCUUUGACAACCUGGCUUCAAAACUCUCCUUGGUACCCUAUUCUCUGGUCGAGCCAUUUCAUAUCUUUGUUGACGAGUUUCAAACUCUUCUUGUAACGAGCAAGAUACUCCUUGAUCCCUUUACACAAUUUCUGGUCGAAAACCAGUCGCAGGAUUAUUACCAAUGGAUAAUAUAUGAUGUCAACCAGAUGAUCCUUACCACUGACGAGAUGUUUGGGAUCAAACGAGAUUGGAGCUUCAGCAUUCCGAAUUACCUGUCAGAGCUUUGCCGUGAGAGGAACUUCCACCAUGCAUCCAGCCUCACAACCGUCAUGAGAUCCACUUCUGAAGUAUACGAGUUUCUACAGCGUUACCUGAGGUUCUCCUUUGGUAAAAAGGCCGGAGAUGGACCGCAAAUACCUCAGCAGUAUUGGCAUCAUCCGGUCCACCUUGGCCAUCAGAUUUGUGGACCUCAAGUCAUCGUCGAAGGAAAGAUUAGUUACGCGUCGUACGAGGAACGCUUUGUUGACUGUUGCAAGAUGAUCAAAGAGGAGAUUCACGAAUGGGCGAAGGAGGAUGAUGUGUUUUUUUAUCAAAAAGUUGCCAUCUUGGUGGUGGCUCCCAGGUAUUUGGAUACUCUUCAUUCUUUCAUGCUUCGUGAAGGGAUCCCAGUGGGUCGUAUCGGGGAGACGGAGAAUAAAGUUGUGCUGGAUUUGGCUGAUUACGCUCGAUCGUAUGAAUGGCCUGUUGUUAUAGCAGUUUGUGGACACGUGAAAGACAUGCAGAACUAUAUUCCAAUCUCAAGGGCUGUGACUCGUUUAGUUAUGCUAUGGUGGAAAUAGAAUUGGCCAAUUACAUUACCAUCUAAAUUAUUCCACCUUUUUUUUCACCUCUCCCCCCUUAUUAGGCCUGGAUCCAAGCUUUUUGCUCUCCCCACUCUGAAAGGUAUCACCGGAAAUGUUAACUGGUCGCUACACUCCUGAGUUUAAAAAACAAUAAAGUGAUAUCAUUUUAAAGUAUUCGUUUUUUAUUCAUUCAUAAAAAUGGCCACAACUGUAGCUACGUCAGUGUUAUUACAAUCAAGGUAUUACAGUAUUAUCA